AUGGACUCUUCCCCCGCCGCCGCUAGUGCCUUUACUCUCCGGCAUUCCUCUUCUCCUGGCCACCACUACCUCGAUCUCUUCUCUUCCCCGCCGCCGUUAUCCCCCUCUGCUGUCGCCAGCUCUGAUGAGUUCAACGAAUCAGAGGUCUUCUGGACCUCUGAUUUCGCGCAAUCCAAUAACCGUCCGUUUCGCACGAGAAAAAUAUCUACCGAAGAUCGCACCUCGAGUUUCGACCUUUCAAACUCCGGUAUCCUCGCUGCCUUAUCAGAUAAUGCCGAUUUUAAUAGCGAACAGAGAAUCGGUACGAUUGUCACUCGAGAGACUUCAAUGGCUAUGGCUAUAUCCUCAUCAUCGUCGCGAUCGAUUCCGAAGCCGAUUCAGAGCAGUAGAGAAUAUUCUCAAUCGAUGCCGUCUAGGAAGUUUCAGCAAUCGGCUCCGAUUAACGUGCCGAAGUCGAUGAAGAAACAGAGGAAUAAUGACGAGAUUCGUGCGACGGAGGAGGAGGAGGAUGAAGAGAUGCUGCCGCCGCAUGAGAUCGUGGCAAGAGGCGUCGGCGUGAUGCCGAACACGACAUUUUCAAUGCUGGAAGGCGUUGGAAGAACUCUGAAAGGGAGGGAUCUUCGUCAAGUUAGAAAUGCGGUAUGGCACAGAACAGGUUUUGUUGAUUGA